AUGCGAUUGAUAUAUGGUGUGAAUGCCGAUAGUGUUGCCAAAUUUGAGAUAGUUGACGAAGAUGACCUUUUUGUGUUUUAUCAACUCCUUGAAUUGGGAUGUUUAGUGACAUCUAAAACACUCGAAAGUGACUCAACAGC